UUGAUGCAAUGGAAGGUGAGGCUUUAGUUAUAAAAUGUCCACGAUGGAGUUCAUCUGUGAAAGUCACCUGGUAUCACACAGAUACUUACAAAAUAAUUCCAGCAGAAGAAGAAGGAUCACGAAUAUUUUCCUUAAAACAAUUUCUUUGGUUUCUGCCAACUUCUAGAGAAGAUUCUGGAAACUACACUUGUGUUACACUUUUUUCAAAUAAUCGCACAAAGUCAUUCAACAUGAGUGUGCAAGUGCAUCCACACAAGCAAGGAGUAUGUUUCCCAAGUCAGAUUCGUUACCCAAAUGACACUGGAAGAGGAAAAAUUGUUUGUCCUACAAUUGACAAUUAUAAGAAUGCUACUAUCAUCCAGUGGUAUAAGGACUGCAAACCUCUUCAGGAAGAGAGAUACUACAAGAGAGAAAAAUAUAUUUUUAUUAACAACCCAAUAAAGGAGGAUGAUGGCUAUUAUACUUGUCAAUUUAUUUACACUUAUAAAGGAAAUGUGUUUAACGUAUCAGCAACAAGGAUUUUCAUAAGUAAGGCAAAACACUCCCCUCUACCUCCUCAAAUUUUGUUUCCAAAAGAUAAAGAUGUAAUAGAAGUGGAGCUCGGUGCUGCUUUGUCUCUGAAAUGUCAGGCCCGCCUGGGGAUUAAGGUACAGCCGAUAGCUAUUGUCACGUGGGAUGUGGAUAACAUCCCGGUGAAAAACUCAGAGUUGUCAAGAUUUCAUGAAAAGACUCAUUUUUUUCAAGGACGUGAGCAAGAAUAUUACAGAGAGACCACUUUGCAUAUUACGGAGGUAAAAAAGGAGGAUCUUCAGGCAAAUUUCACGUGUGUAGUGAUGAACGAAAUGCACAACACAAGGGCCACAGUGACAUUACAACUCAAAGCACAAUUGGGGCUUCCCAACGUCCUCUUGAUCACAGGAUCUCUAGUUCUGCUAGUUGCAAUAGCAGUUUCUGUUAUACUUUAUCAGUCCUUCCGAGUUGAUAUCGUCCUAUUGUAUCGGGAGAUAUUUCAGCCCCACCCACUCAAGGAUG